CGAGAGAAAGCACAAUGGACUAUUUUUCACGUAUUUAUCGCUAUCAAUAUUUUGUGAUAGGAGUGCUUAGAUCUGCAAGUUUAAAAUGUCUGCCAAGGCCAUUUAUGAAGCUACGGGAAAAGAGCUACUGAACAGAUUUCUUAAUAGUGGAGGAAGUGCUGUCAAGUGUCAAUAUGCUACUGUUAAAGAAGACACAAGUUGGGAAGAUCUUGUUGCAAAUAACUCGUGGUUGAAAACAGAACAUUUGGUUGUGAAGCCAGAUCAACUGAUAAAGAGACGUGGCAAACUUGGUCUUAUCCACGUGAACUCUGACCUAGAUGGUGCGCACAAAUGGGUGAAUGAACGAAUAGGUAAAGAUGUGCAGGUUGGCAAGGCAACAGGAAAACUGAGAAACUUUAUCAUUGAACCAUUUAUUCCUCAUAAACAGGAUGAGGAAGCCUAUGUUUGUAUUUAUUCUCAUCGACAUGGUGAUACCAUUCUGUUUCACCAUCAAGGAGGCGUGGAGAUUGGAGAUGUCGAUGCUAAGGCCCUGAAGCUUGAAAUACCUGUUGAAGGAAAACCUUCUCUGCAAGACAUCAAAAAUGUCUUACUCCAAAAUUUACCUGCAAUAAAACAGGAAAUCGUUGCAAAGUUUAUUCAAGCUCUUUAUGAAGUUUACCUGGAUCUGUACUUUACUUAUUUGGAGAUUAACCCGCUUGUUCUCACAGGAGACAAGAUUUAUGUUCUUGAUCUGGCUGCUAAAUUGGAUGCCACUGCAGAGUUUAUCUGUAAGCAGAAAUGGGGAGACAUUGAAUUUCCCCCACCAUUUGGAAGGGAUGCUUUUCCAGAGGAGGCUUAUAUUGCUGAUCUUGAUGCAAAAAGUGGAGCUUCUUUGAAACUUACAAUAAUCAAUAAAGAUGGACGUAUCUGGACCAUGGUUGCUGGAGGAGGAGCUUCAGUGAUAUACAGUGACACUGUGUGUGAAUUAGGUGGAUCCUCAGAACUGGCUAACUAUGGUGAAUAUUCUGGUGCUCCAAGUGAACAACAGACAUAUGAAUAUGCUAAAACUAUCUUGAGCCUGAUGACUAAAAAACCUCAUCCAGAUGGAAAAGUAUUGAUUAUUGGUGGAGGUAUUGCUAACUUUACUAAUGUGGCUGCUACAUUUAAGGGCAUUGUAAAAGCCUUGCAGGAAUUCCAACCCAAACUUGUGGAGCAUAAGAUUUCAAUCUUUGUUCGAAGAGCAGGUCCAAACUAUCAAGAAGGGUUACGGGUAAUGAGAGAAGUGGGAAGCACAUUGGGUGUACCAAUCCAUGUAUUUGGCCCAGAAACACACAUGACAGCCAUAGUGGCUAUGGCCAUGAAAAAGAGAGAUAUCCCAGACCUUCAAGAAACCAGCCAUACAACAGCCAACUUUCUUCUUCCUGAUGGAAUGCAGAAAUCAAACACCUCCCCAAAACAAACAUCUGUCAACAGUUCUGAUGAGAAAAACAGAUUAGUGUCACCAGGAGAUGAUUCUUCCAUUGCUGAAAGCUUGGUGAAACCCUUAUUUUCCAUGGGCACAAAAGCUAUUAUUUGGGGUAUGCAAGCCAGGGCUGUACAGAGCAUGCUAGAUUUUGACUUUGUGUGUUCUCGUGUGGAAUGGUCAGUUGUUGCCAUGGUCUACCCACUUACUGGAGAUCAUAAACAGAAGUUUUAUUGGGGUCAUAAGGAAAUCCUUAUACCUAUGUAUAAGAACAUGGCAGAUGCCAUGAAGAAACAUCCUGAAGCUGAUGUUUUGGUUAACUUUGCUUCCUUAAGGUCGGCUUAUGAUAGUACUAUAGAGACGUUACAGUAUCCACAGAUUAGAACCAUUGCUAUUAUAGCCGAAGGCAUACCAGAAAAUAUGACUCGCAAGAUGAACAAAAAGGCAACUGAGAAAGGAGUGACAAUUAUUGGUCCAGCUACAGUGGGUGGCAUUAAGCCAGGCUGCUUUAAGAUUGGCAACACUGGUGGGAUGAUGGAUAAUAUUCUUUCAUCUAAGCUUUACAGGCCCGGAAAUGUGGCUUACGUAUCUCGGUCUGGUGGUAUGUCCAAUGAGCUCAAUAAUAUCAUUGCUAGGGCAGCCAAUGGAGUGUAUGAAGGAGUGGCAAUUGGAGGAGAUAGGUAUCCAGGAACCACCUUCAUGGACCAUUUAUUACGAUAUGAAAGAGAACCAGAUGUUAAAAUGAUGGUAUUGCUUGGAGAGGUUGGUGGGGUUGAAGAGUAUGAGGUGUGUGAAGCAUUGAAAGAUGGAAGUAUCUCAAAACCAUUGGUAGCAUGGUGUAUAGGGACGUGUGCUGGAAUGUUCACAUCAGAAGUCCAAUUUGGUCAUGCUGGAGCAUGUGCUAACACUGAUAGAGAAACUGCAGUUACAAAGAACAAAGCUUUAGCUGAAGCUGGAGCACAUGUGCCACUCACAUUUGAUGAACUAGGCAACAAAAUAAAGCAAGUUUAUGAAGAUCUGGUAACAAAAGGAACCAUUGUUCCAAAGCCUGAAGUUCCUCCUCCAACUGUACCAAUGGAUUACAGUUGGGCAAGAGAACUUGGCUUAAUUAGAAAACCAGCUUCUUUUAUGACAAGUAUUUGUGAUGAACGAGGACAGGAACUUCUUUAUGCUGGGAUCCCCAUCACUAAGGUCAUAAAGGGAGAACUUGGAAUAGGAGGUGUACUUAGUUUACUGUGGUUCCAACGACAGUUACCAAAAUAUGCUUGUAAGUUCUUAGAGAUGGUGCUCAUGAUUACAGCUGAUCAUGGCCCUGCUGUUUCUGGAGCUCACAACACAAUAGUAUGUGCUAGGGCAGGAAAGGAUCUUGUAUCAUCCCUUGUUUCUGGCUUGCUCACAAUUGGAGAUCGAUUUGGUGGUGCAUUGGAUGGAGCAGCCAAGCAGUUCACUCAAGCAUACGAUAGUGGAAUGAUUCCUAUGGAAUUUGUGAACACUAUGAGAAAAAAAGGAGAGUUAAUCAUGGGGAUUGGCCACAGAGUAAAGUCGCUAAACAACCCAGACAUGAGAGUCCUGCUGUUGAAAGAGUAUGUAAAACAACAUUUUCCAGCCACUCCCGUGUUAGACUACGCUCUUCAAGUUGAAAAGAUUACAACUUCAAAGAAACCAAAUUUGAUUCUUAAUGUGGAUGGCGUCACAGCUACAGCAGUGGUGGACUUGCUAAGAAACAGUGGCUGUUUCACCCAAGAAGAAGCCCAGGAAUAUAUUGACAUCGGAGUCUUGAAUGGAUUAUUUGUACUGGGACGCUCAAUUGGGUUUGUAGGACAUUACCUGGAUCAACGUCGGCUGAGACAAGGGCUGUAUCGUCACCCAUGGGAUGACAUCUCCUAUGUUGUACCAGAAUCCCUUAUGGAUUCUAGAUAAAGGUGCUCAUUAUGUCAGUUUUGAAAUACGAUAUACUACAU